GCGCGGCGCAUCGCCUACCGUCGUCUUCUCAUAUUUAUAAUCCGCGGCGCGAAUUUGACGAUCACUUGGGUUUUGAUUUUUUCGCCGACACAGUGUGCAAAACAAUAAGUUAUAAUAAUGUCGAGGGAUAAAAUAAUAUUCGGAGUACUAUGUGUGGUGUGUUUGUUUGAUUUAAUGUCUACAUCGACGAUAACAAGAAUACAAAUGCAUCCAUCGGGUUUACUACCGGCAAAUGCGGAUGGUAAAACACAGACGCGUGCGCAGAGAGCGCUGUACCCCUACGGAGGGUUGCGGAAGCCGUUGGUGAUUAAACCCUAUGCAGCGAUACCAAAUAUACAAAGCGAAUUGUACGAAGUUUAUAUGGAACCAUUUAAUUAUGACUUAAGAUCAGUGCAGGCUUUAGUUUUAUUACAAGGAGAAGGCGAGAGUCCUGUUAAAGGAGAAUUGCACUUUGUGCAGCGUCACCCACCAGCAGGUCCUGUGAUAAUCCGCGGAAAUAUAACAGGAUUGCCAACUGGUAAACACGGAAUGCACAUUCAUCAAGCAGGUGAUAUGCGCAACGGAUGCGAAAAGUUAGGCGAACAUUACAACCCUUAUUUGUUACAUCAUGGCGGUCCGCGUGAUCCUGAAAGACACGUUGGUGAUUUAGGAAAUGUGGAAGCCAACGACGACGGCAUUGCCGAUGUUAGCUUAGUCGAUCAUUUAAUGAAUCUUAACGGACCACGAGGUGUAGUUGGUAGAGCGUUGGUUAUCACCGAGAAAGAAGACGACUAUGGGCGGGGAGGAACAGCGGACAGUGUAAACACUGGCUCCGCAGGUAAACCGAUUGCAUGUGGUAUUAUCGCGUAUGUUCGAUAAGACAUUCGAUGGCGAUAAGCAAAAAAAUGCAACACAUAUCAAGCGAAUAUAAAGAAAGACUUAAAAAAUGAAUAAAAAUGUAAAAAUUUGUAUGUAUCUUUAAAUAUUAUGUGUAAUUAUAAUUAGUUUCUGCUAGGAAUAUGUAUGACUAAGUGUAAAAACGAAAAUUUAUAUCAAAAUAAAAUAUUAUAAAUAAAUAAGUACUCACAUUA